ACCAAAUUCUGCCGAAAAAAAAAAUGGCAAAGUCUACUACAAUUUUUCUAGUAUUAGUUGCCGGUGCAGUGGUUACCGAGGCUUGCUUAUCAUCCGGAGUGUGUGGCUCAUCAUACUGUGCUGCUCCGCCGGCAGUCUCAUGCUCUCCAUCGUCAUGUCAACCCGGCUACUCUUGUGGACAGUACGGUUGUGCGAGGAACCGCGCCAGAAGUGCAGUGACACAAAAAGUCGAGGGAAUCUUUAUCGAUGACUCUGGAAAUUCCAAGGAAAAUUCGAGAGAAGUUGGUGGUCCAGUGGGAUUACCGAAGCUGAAGGGUCAGAAAAACAACAUCUUCGGAAUUCGCCGCGAGUCUUCUCGUGGAUCCUCUGAGGUUCCCCAGCCAACAGCCGUGAAUUACGAGAACUCCACAUUGCUACAGUAUACCAAUCCCAACUUCAUCUUCCGACAAUGUUGCGAACAACGGGGACUUCCAGACGCUUGUCUCAAUAAGUGUCAUUUCAAUACCUAUACGAAAGAUGCGCUCCAAGGAAUGUACUUCAAAACCGACGGUUGUCCACUGGAGGCCGCCGCUGAUAUGCACUUUUGCGCGGCUCAGGGUAGAGAUCAUACACAGUGUUGUGUUCGAAAUGGUGUUACUACUACGCUGGCCGGGCAAAAAUGUUUGACUUUUUGUGAUCAGAGACCUGAUAGAGUAACAAAACUUGAUUAUUCCUACGUGCCAUGCUACGAUCGCUUUGAAAACAUGAAGCAAUGCUUCUACAAUGAGAUCAAGCAACGGGCCGAGCAACAAUUUGGAGCAUCCCGACGAAAAUAACCAAAAAAGAUUUGCUUAUAUGUAUUUUAAGUUAUUCAUAUUCAAUUUAUCAACUACCCCUUGACAUUACCGUGUCUUUCUUUCAUUUCAUCAGAUAAAAAACUAGAAUUCAA